CAUUCCGUGGAUCGUCGGAAAUCAUUGAAUUAACAGAUAGUGAUACCUGCGAUACAUCCUCCGACUUUCCGGACAAAUUAACUGAUCUCGUCAAGAGCCCCGCAAAAAUGCGGAGGAAACCUGUGGCUCAGUGUCCGAAAGAUUUCUUGUCACUUUAUGCUGAUGAAAGCGAUGCAGACGAUGGUUCUAUUCUUAUUUUGAACGAGCCUCGAAGUGCACGCAAACCCAUUCGCCGUGCUCAGAUAUCCACUGUCAAUGAAACCAUUCCCUCCUUCCCGAUUACUCGAUGUAAUGACGGGUCAUCUCACUCACAUUCAUCUGGAGAGGAUAAGAGUCAGGCUGGUACUCCUCGGGCAAUCUUGGACAGCACGCCACGGAUAAAACCACCUCCGAGGAUCCCCAAGCAGGGAAAAGCAGAGGAGCAGGCACGUCGCGAGAACUAUGCUGCACAGCUCUUUGAAGAGCUGAAUAGUACAAUAUUCGAUAACGGUCUCCCCCGGGAGACAAAAUUGAAUUGGAAUAAGCGCCUCUUAACUACCGCGGGGAGGGCCAAGUGGCACAAGUCUAGGGAUGGUGUUCAGACGACAGAGGUCGAGCUGGCCGCCAAGAUUUUGGAUUGUGAUGAACGGAUACGAAAUACUUUGUCGCAUGAGAUGUGUCACCUGGCAUCCUGGAUCAUCAAUGGCAACCCGAAAGAAGGCCAUGGUCAGAUCUUCAAAGCCUGGGCCAACAAAGUGAUGAUCAAGCGUCCAGAAAUUGAAAUCACGACAAGGCACAACUAUGAGAUUUCGUACCCAUUCGAAUGGAAAUGCGAGAAGUGUUCAAAAAUAUAUGGCCGAUAUAGCAAAUCCAUCAGACCAGACGAAUGUGUUUGUGGUGUUUGCAAGCUCGGAAAACUCAUCCCCCUCUUCGCGCAAAGAGCACCCAGGACCCCUAAGGUCAGCAGGAUGGCUACUGCUCUGCCUCAAGGUUCUCCUCGUCCUGUCGCGCCUCUCGAGGAAACCAGGCAAAUCCCGGCCAAUAGCACAGUGUAUGCUAUAUCAUCAGAGGAUGAGGUGGAUAUAUUGAUCGGCGCCAUCAACGAUGUGACCCUGCACGGUGGUGAAACUCCACCACGAACCAUAUAGUCCAUCAUUUAGCCCAUGAUAAAUUAUCCAUUGAUUUAUCAGGCUGGUAAUCAGAUGAAUAUUUG